GUCUCCCCCUCGGGUUCCUCAGGACCUCCUGUCCCCAUGGAGCAGCUGGUUAAACACCUGUCCAGGUGUCAGCACCUGGGCUGGAUGAAUGUGAUCGAGUUGAAGAGCGCCUCCAUCCAUUGGCUGUCCUGUGGACGGAAGGCGGAGCCGGACAUUUGGACCAAGAUGUUCUGCAUCCUGACGAACUCCCAGCUGCUGAUGCUGGACGACCUGGAGGUUCAUCCUCUGCUGCUGGCUGAGAGGGCGGAGACUUGUACUGUGUGGUUGCUAAGAUACACCCUCCACGUGACCUCGGCCCCGCAUCACCCCGCCCACAAAGAUGGUGCAGACAGGCGGCUGCGCAGACAGAGCAUGCCCAGUGGUCCCGUCACAGACACGCCCACCACCAGAGUGACAGGUUUUCUGUCCCACAGACUGAAGCAGUCUCUGCGGCGCACCCGCUCCCAGCCCAAACUGUCCCGGCACAGGAGCCUGAGGGCUGACCCGCUCAACAGCACUGACACCAGGUGUGUGAUGCGGCGGCUGCGCUGUGGUAGCCAGGAAUCGUUGCUAAGCACCGGCUGUGUGUCAUCGCUCGAGCUCAGAAUGGACCAAUCAGUGAUCAUCAAACCCGUUCACUCCUCCCUGCUGGGGCAGGAUUACUGUUUUGAGGUGACGACCUCCACAGGUACCAAGUGCUUCUCCUGCCGCUCAGCAGCAGAAAGAGACAAAUGGAUGGAGAACCUGCGGCGGGCCGUCCACCCCAACAAGGACAACAGCCGGCGGCUGGAGAACGUGCUGACAGUGUGGGUGAUUGAGGCCAAAGAUCUGCCCGCCAAGAAAAGGUACUUCUGUGAGCUGUGUCUGGACGACAGCCUGUACGCCAGGACCUCCUGCAAGCUGAAGACGGACAACAUCUUCUGGGGCGAGCACUUCGACUUCUGCAGCCUCCCCUCCAUCAAUUCCAUCACGCUGCACCUGUACAAAGACACCGACAGGAAGAGGAAGAAGGACAAGAGCAGCUAUGUCGGCUUGGUCAACAUCCCCGUCUCCACGGUAACCGGCAGACAGCUGGUGGAGAAGUGGUACUCUGUGAGCACACCCAGUACAAUCCGGGGAAAGUCUUCGAUUCCGACUGUUCGGGUGAAGGCUCGCUACCAGAGCAUCAUCAUCUUACCCAUGGAGCAGUAUAAAGAGUUUGCAGAGUACAUCAGCUCCAACUAUCUGCUGCUCUGCUCAACUCUGGAGGCCUCCAUCAGUCUGAGGGCCAAGGAGGAGCUGGCUGCUGCACUCGUACACAUCCUGCACAGCACCGGCAAAGCCAAGGACUUCCUGACAGACUUGAUGAUGUCAGAGGUGGAUCGUUGCCGUGACAACGACCAGCUGAUCUUUAGGGAGAACACCCUGGCAACAAAAAGCAUUGAGGAAUACCUGAAACUGAUCGGUCAGAAGUACCUGCAGGAUGCACUCGGUGAGUUCAUCAAAGCUCUGUAUGAGUCCGACGAGAACUGUGAGGUCGACCCAUCGCGCUGCUCGACCUCUGACCUAGCAGAGCAUCAAGCUAACCUGAGGAUGUGCUGCGAGCUGGCGUUCUGCAAGAUCCUGGACUCGUACAGGGUCUUCCCCCGGGAGCUGAAGGAGGUGUUUGCAUCGUGGCGUCAGGAGUGCAGCAACCGCGGGCGGCCUGACAUCAGCGAGCGUCUGAUCAGCGCGUCGUUGUUCCUGCGUUUCCUGUGCCCCGCCGUCAUGUCGCCAUCGCUCUUUGACUUGAUGCAGGAGUAUCCCGACGAGCGCACAGCCAGGACGCUGACACUGAUCGCCAAAGUGAUCCAGAAUCUGGCCAACUUCAGCAAAUUUGGCACCAAAGAGGAGUACAUGCUGUUCAUGAAUGACUUUGUGGAACGGCAGUGGAGCAGCAUGCAGCGUUUCCUGCAGGAGAUCUCCAACCCAGACGGGUUGAACCACACGGCCGGCUUUGACGGAUACAUCGACCUGGGCCGGGAGCUGUCCAGCCUCCACACUCUGCUGACAGAGCUCGAUCAGUCGUGCCUGUCGAAGCUCAGUCCCCUUCCUCGGAUCCUCAGAGACGUGUCGGCAGCUCUGGCUAACCCGGGAGGCCUGGCCAGUGCAGGGGCUGCGUCAGUGUCAUCUCCAGAGCGACAGCGAAUGGUUUCUCCACCCCCUCUGUCUCCGCCCCCUCUGUCCCCGCCCCUUUCUCCUCCUCUGGCAGCCUGCAAUCCCUCUGUUGGCCUGCAGGGGGGCAUGGCACUGGACGGAGGCUUAGUAGACUUCACCAGACUUCCGUCUCCAACUCCAGAGAACAAAGAUUUGUUCUUCGUCACCAAGGGGUCGAGCCUGCAGCCUGCAUCAGGCAUGCGAGGCUCUCCAGCUCCAAGUUCAUCGUACUCAGAACCCAACGAGACCGAAGCUGGCUUUGAGAUGACCAACGGGAGCCGGAAAGAGGGGCCAGAACUCAGCCACGAAAGCCGCAGUCUGUCUCUGGUGGACCUCCAGGACUCCUCCCCCAGCGAGGUCCUCGAUGAUGUCCAGUGGCAGCGCAGGACGGGACUCCUCCCACUCUCCUUUCAGAAUCCCGUGUAUCACAUGACCACCACAUCGCCCCGCCAGCCGCAGCAGCAGACGGAUGCCACGCCCUCAGACGGUUCUGUGGGCUCGCAGGGAAACAUGGAAGACAGGAGCACCAUGGCAACCAAGCCGGCUUUCCUCACACAGAUGUCAGUGGGGCUGGGGGGUCCAGAGAGGGGGGAGCGGAUGUCAGCCAUGUCCAGCAGCAGCAGCGGCGAGGAGUACUCCAGAAGAGCGCUCUCUUUGACGGACACGCUCACAGGCGGCUCUGCACCCCCCCGGCAGAGCUCUUCUGGUCCUCAGAGGCGCAUUGAUCAGCCUCCUCCACCCUCCUCAGCCCCACCUGGACCUCCCCGAGGCCGAACACCUCCCAGCAUGCUCAGCGGUGCAGGCUCUGCCUACCCCCCGCGCCCCGCCUCCGGCAGCAUCAUGUCCUCAAGCCCCGAUUGGCCGACCAGUGGCCAGUCACGGCUCAGGCAGAUGUCGUCGUCCUCCAAAGGAGACAGCCCCGAGAAGCAGCGCUCCAACACCAAGGCUCCUUCUCCGUGCGCGCUGGACCGAACCGCCGCCUGGCUGCUCAACAUGAACUCUGCUUCGUCUUACGGUGAGGCCGAGGACGAUCGCCACGACGACGCCCUGGUGGAGAAGUACCAGCAGGAGAUCGCACUGCUUCAGGAGAAGCUACGGGUGGCGGCGCUGAGGCAGGAAGAGUGUGAGGCGCGCCUGAUGGUCCAGGACCAGCAGAACCAACGGAUGCUGCAGGAGUACCAGGCUCGGUUGGAGGACACAGAGAGCAGACUCAGAAGACUGCAGGACGACAAGGAUCUUCAGAUGAACAGCAUCAUUAGCAGGUUGAUGGCAGUGGAGGAAGAACUGAAGAAGGAUCACUCUGACAUGCAGGCUGUGGUGGACUCCAAGCAGAAGAUCAUAGAGGCUCAGGAAAAGAGGAUUGCAAGCCUGGAUGCGGCAAACACGCGUCUGAUGGCGGCACUGACCCAGCUAAAGGAGAGAUAUGCUGUGACAUCACAGAGGAACGGCUUGUCUCCUAGCAACACAUCGUCUCUGCAGAUUACAGAAAACGGGGAGUUUCGUAACUCUGGGAACUGCUGAGCUUCAGUUUCUGACCGUCUCUGCAGGGGCUUCACUUCCAGAACUAAUGAUUAACUCUAAAAUAUCUAAAUAGUUACCAGUCCGUGCUGAUGUAACCCCCCCAAUCAUUUCAACAGCCUGAUAGAAGGUUCCCCCACUUCCUGCUUUUGUUUUGCAUGUUCCUCCACAGGCAUCCAUGAUGUCCGGCUCUCCUUAUGUUUGGUACCUUCUGUAAAUAUCCAGAACCGCCUGACCCGGCUCCACCUGCAUGAGGCGUCAGUUAAAGGUAACAGACGUGGGCACGCUCAUCUGCAGCCGCCGCCGCCACCAUCCUUUAAAGUAAAGGACAGUCCCCCCCCCCCCCGAGGCGAGUCACUUCCGCCUAUUAUAGCACCGAGAAUGGAAGCAAUGAGAAAGUGUUAGACUAGCUCUAAACCUUCAAGUGACUGUGGUGACCUCUCUGGGCUUCCGUAGCGUUCAGACGUAGUCUCAGUGGAUCAGAUGAGCUCCUCCAGAGUUAGAGGUAGUUUGUGUUAUUUCAGAGUUUUAAUGUACACACCAGAUUUUAUUGUAAAUCAGUAAGAACUUGAACUUGUGAAGAGUUUGUGAACACACACACACACACACACACAGGUCUUUCUAUUGUUGUAAGGUUUUCCACUGACAUUCCGAUGCUCUUCAUCCUUUCUGCUGAGGAUCCGAAGCUGUCCCGAAAGUCGAGUCUGUACCUGCAGAAGGAAGCUGAAUGUCCUCCCAGAGCUGUUCAGGAGCUGGUCCUCGCAGCAUAGAAAGACGCGUCCAAACACAGUCUGUGUUCACUGUGGCUCCUGUCUGUUCCUGUAAUGAUGAGUUCUCUCCCAGAUUCUUGUGUUGUUAUUUAUCUGAAGCAGUAUUUAUAAGAUGACUCGCUUAAAUAAAACAAUACACUCUUACUUUU